UGUACCUGAUGCGGGUGCCCAGGUGGGUUAUUUCGAAAUCUUUCAGCCUUGACAACUCUCUAAGCUUUCUCAUCCUUUUCUAAUCACACCGCAAAAGACGACCCAACAUACUUUCGCCCUUUGGGAGCAGUUAUUACAUUACCUCCUUUAGUCUAAGCCCCCCAAAAGACCUUUAAUUCAGCGUUACGCGCAGCUCGUGCUGCAUCAGUCGCCAUGAUGGAAUACGAUACUAUGAUGGAUAGUGACUUUAAAGAGGAUUUUGGACCCAAGAUUCAGGUCUCGGCAGCUGACCGAUAUCAUGUUGAUUUCGAGCUGAGUAACGUCGACAUAUCUCUCGCGAACUCCCUCCGACGCGUCAUGCACGCCGAAGUCCCAACCAUUGCUAUUGACCUCGUCGAAAUUGAAGCAAACACAUCCGUCCUUGCCGACGAAUUCAUCAGCCAUCGCCUCGGCUUAAUUCCUCUUAACUCUAGCGAAAUUGAUAAUCUGUCCUACUCACGGGAUUGCGACUGCGAGCAGAACUGCGAAAGAUGUAGUGUAACCCUCUCCCUACACGCGAAGUGCACGAGCGACGAAGUUAUGAAGGUGUAUGCUAGCGAUCUAGUUGUUGGAUUUAACAGACCUAACAGCGAGAUUGGCAACCCGGUCAUCACAGAUCCUGAUGGGCUUGGUUCUUUAAUAUGCAAGCUGCGAAAGGGCCAGGAGCUGAAGCUCAACUGUAUCGCGAAAAAGGGUAUCGCAAAAGAGCAUGCUAAGUGGUCUCCUACUUCUGCCAUCGGUUUCGAAUACGAUCCACACAACAAGCUCCAUCAUCUGGACUUGUGGUACGAGACAGAUCCUGAGGCUGAGUGGCCGAAGUCGAAGUAUGCCGAUAUUGAGGAGCCGCCUGCUGAAGGCCAACCCUUCGACUAUGAUGCCGUUCCGUCGCGAUUCUAUUUUGAGGUUGAAGGCAUUGGAAACAUCCAAUCCGAUGCGAUCAUCUUGGAGGGUGUUAAGGAGUUGCAGCGCAAGCUUGCCGGUCUGAUCCACGGGCUUGGAGAAAGCGAAGGCAUGAAUGGCGAAUACGAUGGCCCUCGUAGCCCUGAUGGCAUGGAUACCGGCGCAGGCUAUCUGGAGCAGGGCUAUAGCACCCCUUACGGUAAUCCCGGGGCUGCUAGUGCUUGGGGAGGUGGAGCUACGGCGUACGGAACGACACCUUACGGCAACUCUGGUUCUAAUGGAUGGAGUUAAGCACCUUAUACCCCUAAUGAGCUUGCUUUUCUCAGAAGGCAGUCUUUUCACAACAUACACUGUACAAUAUGAGGUUUUGAGUCACCUCGAGGCCAAGUCUGAAUGUUGGUUUUCUUGAGACGCCAUCUAGGUGCGUUGCAUUGUAUCAUCACGCGGAGUUUAGGGGAUACUCAGGUUAGAGAAAGCGGGCAUGCGCAUUUUCACAUAAAAGCAGCUCUCCAUAUGGUAGAUAUACGCGCGUGUCUGGAAAACCAGAUCGCUUAUAAUACACGCA